AUGGAGUUUCUGGCCACCUUCGGAAUGGCUGCCAAGAACAUGUUUGAUUACAAUCGCGAGAACUUCCAGUUCGAUCAAGAGCAGCGCCAGAGCCGCGAGCUGCUUCGCCAGAUAAUGCAGCUGAAGCGCUUUACGCUCUUCCGAGAGGACAUUCGGGACUUGGUAGAGUUGACCGUAGGCAAGAUGGAGAUGUACCACCUCGUGGCCGCGCUCUUCAUGGAGUCCUCCAUGGCUCUGUAUUUCGAGGGUCGAAUACGCCACAUUGCACCGCCCUUCGUGAUCGGCCUGCUGUUCAUCUCCAUUGCUAGCGCAUACAUGUAUCUCCUGCUUGCCGUGUGGCUCAGCAUGCACGCUUCCAUCUGCUCCCACAGCCUCGGUGUGAGGCUUCUAACUCGCUUUGUGCGUCUUCCCGUGCCGGGCAUGCAGCAGAUGGGGGCCCUCAAUGCCCGCUUGGCCGACUACGAGCGGCAAGGCGUGAAGAACAUGCUUCGCGUGCCCGUGGUUGGGGCGACCCAGCAGUGGGGGAAGCCAGGGCAGCCUCUUGAUUCCAUCCAGGAGGGCCAGCCGUCAGCUGGCACCGAUUUUCUGGGCGAAGGUGUAAAGGCCUUCAACAAGGACGACAACAUCCUGGGCACGGCCCAGGGAACCCUUGGCAAGCACGUGGAGCUCUUCCGGAAGUUGCAGUCCAAGUGGCAGUGCUUUGAUGCAUAUGCUCGCGUCUGCAUGGCUCUGGGGGCGAAUCAGUUGCUCUUGGGCCUGCAGUACUACCUUGUGGUGACCUGCAUCAUCCAAUACAGGUGCCCAAGCCUCUGCUUCGCGCUCAUCGCCGGCUUCAACUCGGGAGGUCUGGUGUUGGCAACCCUGGACCUGGCGGGGAUUGGUGUUCUGAAGGUGAUCUUUCUGCAGAUGCUUGGGUCCGUCCCGGUUUGGAUCGCUUCGAUCAGCCUGGUGAUGGCGAAGAAGUCAGAGGAAGGCAUCCCGCUACAGACGGAGGAUUACCCGGUCGCUCCUCUGGCCUACUUCCUGAACCUGCUCUGGUUCGAGGGGCUUCUCUGGGUGGCCUGGCCAAGCCAGGAUGAGGCCGCCCUUCCCCGGCUCUUCCGUUCCGUGAUCUUCCUGGACGUCUUCGAGGACGCCGGCACCGUCGCGGUCGAGGCUGAGCCCCAGGCGCUCCAGAGAGCGCUCACGCGCCAGGCCACCAUGAGCCUGCAGAGCGCGAAGGCAGCACCGGAGCCCCUGGACGGAAGCGAAGUUCGUCGAGUGGAUCGGGCACUCUUUUUGGCGCACUCAGCGCUUCGGCGUUGGGAGGCCUUGCCGCGGAUGAAUAGCUUCAAUGAGGACAUGCGCAACGAAAUUCAGCGUUUGAGGCGCGACUUCAAUCUAUGGCACGAGACUUUCCUCGGGGAGCUGUCCAAGCGCAACAAGGUGGAUCCAGACACCGUGCUGCCCAUGGACCUGCGUUCCUGGCACGAACUGAAUGACGAAGAGAAGAAGGAGCAGUGA